AUGAAAACGUUAACUUUAUAUUUAAAAAUUACUACAUUCCUUCUUUUAAUAUGGAUGUAUCAAUGUUUUUAUAACUGUGAUUCCUAUAAAACUUUGAUUGAUAAAAAUAUAUUGCAAAAAAAAAAUGAGCUAAAAUAUGAAAGAGUAUUAGCAGAGGGUGACAUAGCAGGAAAAAAGCGAACAUACUCUGAAGGAUGCCUAGAAGAAUGUCCAUUAGAUAAUAAAAAAAACAAAUGGGAGAAUCCAGUUCAAUACGAGAACCCGUGCGAUUAUUGGAAUAAGGUCAUUACUCCACAAUUGUGGGAGCAAUUUAAUCAAGAAACCAGUGAUAUGGACACUAAAUUGAAAGAAAAAAAAUGGAAUGUUGAAUGGAAUAAAACUGCGGCUAACAAAGUUAAUGAUCUAUCCUCAAUAUCUCGUCGACGAGAUAUUUCAGAUGAAGAAAAAAAAAAAUUAAUUGAUAGUGUUAAGGAAAGUCUUCUCUUAGAAUUUAAGAAAUUUUUAGACGAAUGUAGGAAAGAGAUGAGAGAAAAUAAAACAGAAUCCGAAUUUAAUAAAGGGAUGAGAGACAAUAAAACAGAAUCCGAAUAUAAUAAAGAGAUGAGUGACAAUAAAACAGAAUCCGAAUUUAUGAAAGAGAUGAAACAAAAUGAAGCAGAAUCCAAAUCUAAGAAAGAGCAGGGAAAAAACAAAAAAAAAAAUAAGAUAUUUGAUUUUAUGAAACAAUUAAUUUUUUAUAAGUAUGAUAAUAUUUUUGAUUAA